GACUGGUACCUCCCACUUUCUCUCUCUACACACUCCCAUCACCGUGAGACCACGGAGUCCCCUCUUUCUGCUGCCCCUCUGCACCCCGCCGUAUGCCACCUGGCUUAGUUAUGCAUAGAAGAAGUAUCGCGACUACCACCGCUCCCCGAACUAUGAUGCCCGUUAGCCGCUGGCCGGUGUUGGCCCUGCAGGCCGUCUUUUUGGUCAGCUUCGUGACUUGCAACGACGCCCCUCCGGUACCAGGAGACCUGCAUAUAGACAGUAGAUCGGUGCCCGAGAGUUGCCCUCGAACUGUCAAGGAGGGAGACUUCGUGAGAUAUCACUAUGUUGGAACAUUCCCCGAUGGCACCAAAUUCGAUUCAAGUUACGACAAAGGCACCACAUACAAUGUGUUUGUGGGGAAAGGACAACUUAUUGCAGGAAUGGACAAAGCCCUGAUUGGAAUGUGUGUAAAUGAGAGACGAUUUGUAAAAAUUCCACCCAAUCUUGCCUACGGGACGGAGGGAGUGUCCGGUGUAAUUCCCCCAAAUUCUGUGCUGCACUUUGAUGUUCUUUUGCUGGAUAUCUGGAACCCAGAGGACACGGUUAAAGCAGAGUCAUAUUACAAACCAGAAACAUGCUCUCGAACAGUCCAGGUUUCUGAUUUCAUUCGCUAUCAUUACAACGGAACUUUGUUGGAUGGGACGCUUUUUGAUUCCAGUCACAAUCGGAUGCGUACUUAUGACACCUAUGUGGGAAUUGGUUGGCUAAUCCCAGGAAUGGAUACUGGUCUCCUAGGAAUGUGUGUGGGGGAAAAACGGAUCAUCACAAUCCCACCAUUCCUGGCUUAUGGAGAAGACGGUGAUGGUAAAGAAAUACCUUCUCAGGCUUCUUUAGUCUUUGAUGUAAUUUUGCUGGAUCUGCACAACCCGAAAGACAGGAUCACUGUAGAGAGCCAGUAUGUUCCAGAAAAUUGUGAGAGAAGAACUCAAGUUGGGGACUAUAUCAGAUACCACUACAACGGGACACUGUUAGAUGGCACAUUCUUUGACUCAAGCUAUUCUCGAAACCACACCUAUGACACCUACAUCGGAAAGGGUUAUGUGAUUGCUGGGAUGGAUGAAGGUUUACUUGGUGUGUGCACAGGAGAAAAGAGGAGGGUGAUCAUUCCUCCACAUCUUGCAUAUGGUGAAGAAGGCAGAGGGAAAAUUCCAGGAUCUGCGGUGUUGGUAUUUGACAUCCAUGUCAUGGAUUUCCAUAAUCCAGAGGACUCCAUCAGCAUUACUUCUCAGUUCAAACCAAGCAACUGCACUGUACUAAGCAAGAAGGGAGACUAUCUAAAGUAUCACUAUAACGCUACCCUAAUGGAUGGCACUGUGCUGGAUUCAACGCAUCAUUAUGGCAAAACAUAUAACAUAGUGUUAGGAUCUGGACAGGUGGUGCUUGGUAUGGACAUGAGUCUACAGAAUAUGUGCGUUGGGGAGAAACGUAUAGUUGUUAUCCCUCCACACUUAGGUUAUGGAGAAGCUGGAGUUGAGGGUGAAGUCCCUGGAAGCGCGGUGUUGGUUUUUGAUAUUGAGCUAUUAGAAUUAAUACCUGGCCUACCAGAUGGAUAUAUGUUUAUAUGGAAUGGAGAAGUGUCUUCGAACCUAUUUGAAGAGAUAGACAAAGAUAACGAUAAGGAGAUUAUAUUGGAAGAGUUUUCUGAGUAUAUUAAUGCCCAAGUUGAAGCUGGGAAGGGAAAACUAGCUCCAGGUUUUGAUGCUGCCAGGAUUAUUGAAAACAUGUUCAAAAAUCAGGAUCGAAAUGAAGAUGGGAAGAUCACAGAACAAGAAUUUAAACUAAAAGACCAAGAGGACAAAGAGGCCCAUGAUGAACUGUAAUAUGGAUCAGAGUAUUUUAAAUGUGUGUCUUUAUGCACUGUAUAAGCAUUAACAUGACAGUCUGAAACAUUUUAGACACAUGUAGAUGUGGUAAGUGGCAACAGUGAGCGUUGGCUUGUUUAUUGACAGAAUAUAAGUAACUUAAAAACCUUGGUAUACUUCAAUGUGAAUGUAAAAAGAUUGUGUUUAUUGAGGAAAAUAUUAAAAGCUGUUGCGCCUAUUAAGUGGCUUUUGCUGCUUAAUAUUUAAAAAAACAAACAAAAAAAAACAGAAGCCAGUAUUAUCAAUUGCAACUUUACAAGACAUGUCUACAUACAUUCUCUUAAUAAACAAGCAAUGUGAAAAGUAUCUUUUUACAUUUUAUAUAAACCCUACAUUUGCGUGUAUGUGUUUGAUUAUUGGGGGGGGGGUUCGCAAGAAUGGUUGGAAAUGAGAACAGUUGUUCUAUUCGAAAUAUUCACAACCAGUAUUAGGUCAGUUUAAUUAAUGCUCAUAGCCCCUGCAGUGAAGCAUCUGCAACCAUGUAGAAUAUACAAUGCUUUUGUGGAAGACUGUUUGAAAAAGUGUGUCUUUUUUUAUUUCUUAAACAGAAUUAAAAAUUUUUGAUCCUGAACAA